UUAAAAACAGACUUUGUUUAUCUUGCAGGUUGUUAGCUGAAAUGCUCUCAGACUAGAACCUACUUCAAAGCCACGUUAUUCUACUCUUCCCAGCCGUAAACGCUGAGAAGAGCGUGAAAAGCUCUUUUUAUUUCGCUGCCUUAUAAUUUCGAAAUUCUGCUAUCCUAUGUAAUUAAAUCUCAUUGUUUUUUUUCUGAUUUCUGCAGCUCACACCGUGCAACACGACACAAAAAGCGACCAGGCUUUCAGUUUGUGUUCUUCAGCACCUGCCAUUUGUCGAAGACAGUUCUGUACUUAAUAUAUUGUUCUGCAGACGUGAGGCUUGCUGCUUUUUUUGGAGAAGCUCCCCGUGAGGUUUUUUAAUCGAGCAUUUGGAGAGCGCCAUGGCGACCGAAGUGGAUACGUGGUCCUCUGCUCCUAAAGCCGACGGGGUGUUCUCUUUCGAAGACAACCUGGCCCAGGCGAACUGUCCCUACACGGUUGACGAUGAGUUGCUGAAUGAGGCGGAGGUGAACGGGAACUGGACCCCUCAGGAGAAAGCGCUCCACGAGGCGCGACUUAAAGCCAAAGCCAAGCGCCGCCUGCGCAAGUCAUCCCGCAACUCCACCAGCGAGUCCUUCUCCGAAUCGGGAGAAACUUCAGGAGGUGACCCUAACAGUCCGAAGGGCAAAAUCAUCGUCAGCGACCGCAAAUCCAGGGCCGGCAAAGGAAGAGGGCUGCCAAAAAAAGGUGGGGCAGGAGGUAAAGGAGUGUGGGGGGCCGCAGGGAUGGUUUAUGAAGACGAGGAGCCUGAUAUGCGAGACCCAAACUACGAUGAGUCUUCUCAGGGGGACACCGUUUACGCAACAGUUGUGCCAGAAAUAGAUGAGAAGGAACUGGAGAAAAUGGUGAACCCGAUUGUACAGGAGUACUUUGAACACGGAGACACGAAAGAGGUCCAGAUGUUGCUGAAGGGGCUCAACCUGGGCUCACAUAAGUACGAGUUUUCCUCCCUGGCCGUGUCCCUGUCCCUGGAGGGCAAAGCCAGCCACAGAGAGCUGACCUCCCGCCUGCUGUCCGAUCUGUCAGGCAAGAUGCUGUCACAAAGUGAAAUGGCCCGUGCCUUCGACAAGAUCCUCAAAGAGCUGCCAGACCUCAUACUGGACACACCAGAGGCUCCACAGAUGUUAGGGCAGUUUGUAGCAAGAGCCAUAGCAGACCACGUCCUCCCCAUGUCUUUCCUGGACUUUUACAAGGGCAAAGUGGACUGCGAGCAUGCCAGAGUGGCUUUAGACCGUGCCGAAGUGCUGCUGACCAUGAAGAGGGAGAUGGUUCGUCUAGAUAAUGUGUGGGGCGUUGGUGGAGGCCUGAGACCUGUGAAGCAUCUCGUCAGAGAGAUGAACCUCCUUCUGAAGGAGUACCUGGUAUCAGGAGACGUGUCGGAGGCGGAGCACUGUCUGCGGGAUCUGGAGGUCCCACACUUCCACCAUGAACUGGUCUAUGAGGUUGUGGUUAUGGUGCUGGAGUCGAAAGGAGACACUGCCAGUCACAUGAUGAUAAAGCUGCUGCAGUCCUUCUGGAAAACGGGCCUCAUCACUGUGGAUCAGAUGAACAGGGGUUUCCAGCGUGUCUAUGACGAGCUCCCAGAAAUCAACCUGGAUGUGCCGCAUGCUCACUCCAUCAUGGAGACCUUUGUGGACCUCUGCUUCAAGGAGGGUGUGAUUACCAAAAAGCUGCAGGAAGCCUGCCCUUCCAGGGGACGGAAGCGCUUUGUCAGUGAAGGAGACGGUGGAGUGAUCAAGAGCUAAUUCACAGGAGGAAGAGCCGCAGGAGGAGGGAGAGGAGGGGUGUCUACAGGUCCUCACCCAGUUUCCUCUCCAGCUUAAACAUGUUUCCCCCGUGAUUUCGGGGCGUGCUGGCAGUCUAAAGUUUCCUUGUUCCUCUCCUGAUAAUGUUGUCAUUACACAAACCAGCAUUGACGUUUGGUGUAAGUAGACGAAAAAUUCGCCCAGGCGAUCAGUUCCAUUCAUCUUGUUGAUCACGGUUUGUGAAUUUCUUUUGUAAGAAAAUUCUUUAUUUUUGGGGUCGAUGCGCUGCAGAAAGACGAGUAGACGGGCUGGGGUGUGUGGGAGAUGAAUCUGGGUGUUUUGUCUGUUGCUUCGCUAAAUGUUGAGCGCUAUCGAAAAUAAUUACUUAAAAGACAGAGCAUACUCAACAUUCAGAGUGCUUAGUAAUUUGGUUCAACAACAGGAUCAAAACCGCUUCAUUUUCUGCCACAAAUUAUUUCAAGGACAACAUACUUAGUACCUUCUGGUACAAGUGAUUUCUACUGAUCCUUUAUGAAAGGGGUUUUUUUUUGUUCAGUUUUCUUUUUAUUGCAUCUUGGUCCUCUGAGACCAAAUGUUAACUUUAUAAAGCAAAGCAUAAAAAGCAAGUAUUUGGCACUGGUUGGUUGGUUGGGUGUUUGAAACUUGCUUUGGGCAAAUAUACGUUGCUCUUUUUCUGGAAGAAAAACAAAUAUUGGGGUUAAUGUAUGUAAAUAAAACCAAAUUAAGCAUACAAUGUUUAGAGCACUUAGAGAAUUUUCAGUUAAUAAAUCUACAGCUCAACAUGUAGAGAGCAGAAUUGAUCAGGAAGUUGACUUUAAACUGGUUUACCUGUCUAAUUUGUCUGUAAAAAUGGCCACCUCAGCUUUGAUUGAUAAGCAUAUUCAUUUAUGCAUAUUCUUUUCUGACACUGGUUGUUUUUCAAGUUGACGAAAGUUAAAAAUGUGUCUGAAAAAUAUAUAUAUAAUUCAUUAAAAAGCAACAAAAAUUGUUUUCUGUAUUUAUUUUUGGUCAUGCCCGCAGUAUUGAUUCAAAGUAACCAGGGGUGGUUUAUUGUGCAAGUAUAGUAGAGAUGUACAUCAAUCACAUUUGUUGAUUAUUCAUCAGUUGUGAUCAUAGUGGUAUGUUUCCACUUGUCUUUCAACAAUAUAUCUUCUGUCUAUUUCCCAUCUUUCUUUAUGAAUAAUGGUCGGAGCAGGUGUAGACAUUUUUUAUUUAAACCUGUAACUGAGAAGCAGUUUGAGGCCAAAGCUUUAAUUUUUUUGUUUUCUCUCUGACUUGUGACCCCAUCCAUGGUACAUCUAAGAUACCUGGUACCAUGUCUCAUGGCAAAGCUUUAUAAUGCUUACAGUGUAAAUAAGUGGUUGAGGGAAAUUAUGUUAAAUGGUUCAUAUUUUGGAAACUGGUGUUAUUCGCAGGACAUUCAUGCAUGCAUGCAGCUGUCCACUGUCAAAUAGACUAUAAUGUUUAUGUGUUGUAUUCCUACAUCACAUUUUUACUCUUUACUUAUUUUGGAACGGCAAAAUGUUUAAAACACUCCCCUAAACAUUAACUUCAAUUUAUAUAUUUCAAUAAAACUACAUAUUUCCCUC